UCUUUUUUUCUUAUUUUCAGAUGGAUUCAACUGAACAAUUUUCAGUUUCAACGAAUCUAUUUUCAAGCUUGAAACAAUUUCCAAUGAAUCAAGUUAUAAAUGCUAUGAAUAUGAAAUUUCCAAAAGUUGGUCAAAUCAGCACAAGUGAUCUUGAUAUUUGGUUAAAUAACAAGAAUGAGGCCCAACCGAAGAUCCCUAAACCGGAAGGAAAAAUUGUAGUUUUGGAUGUACGGCCGCUUGAAGAAUAUGAGGUCAGUCACUUGAAGAAUUCUACAAGAGUUGAUCACAACAUAGAAAAUAUUGGACAAUUUGUGAAUUCAUUUACUACCCCAGAUUCAAAAGAACCACUCACAUUUGCGUGCUAUUGCUCAGUAGGAUAUCGGUCAUCGUUACUUGGCACCAGGAUGCUGGACUUCUUUGCUAGUGAAGGAAUCACAAAUAUUAAUGUGUUCAAUGUAGAGGGAUCCCUGUUCAAAUGGGGCAAUGAACAUCGUCCAAUGUACAACAAGAAUGAGGAAGCGACUGUAUUUGUUCAUCCCUUCAACAAAGUCUGGGGAAAACUGCUUGAUGCAGAACUACGAAAAGAAAAAAUAUAAAGAAUAUUCUACAAUUAACAACAACAACAAUAAUAAUAAUAACAACAACAAUAGUAAUAACAAAGGUCAAUAGGCCGGAUAUAGUUGUCAGAGAUCAUCAAGAAUAAAAAUGCUUUCUAAUCAAUGUAUCAAUACCAACAGAUGACAACAUUUCUCUAAAAGAAAUGGAGAAACUUUCAAAAUACAAAGAUCUGAAACUAGAGGUAACUUGAAUGUGGAGUUUAAAAACAGAAAACAAUUCUUAUCAUAGUAAGUGCAUUAAGUAUAAUAAAAAAAUAUUCAAAUACAUAACAAAAACACCAGGACUAACAGCUAUACAUAACAUACAGAAAAUAACCACUAGGCACCGCACAAAUCCUACCUAAAACACUAUCAGUAUAGUAAAAACGAAAGCAUCACAACAAACCAAUGCACAUACCCAAGGCAUACAGAACUGCACUUGAUAAUGCAGCAAAAUCAUGUGAUAAAAAUAAGACUACUAAAUAGUAAUAAUGAUAAUAAUAAUGAUUAUAAAUGCCCUGAUGCAGUACCAGGCAGUGGCUCUCAUGGCUUCUGAUUUUAACUGAUUGGAAGUGUUAUCAUGUACAUGUUUUGUUUUCUUUAUAAUACUCAAUACCACAGAUUUGCUUGUCAGUUGUUUGACCUUAACCAGUUGAUCAUAUCCCUUGGUGGCUGAUGAUAUGUGCAUCUCUGAUCACAAGCAGAAAUAGUGGAGGAGCAUCAUAACCAUGUGUUGAGCGGAAUUUUUUGGGGUUUGAAUAAUUCACCUUUGGAAACAUGGGUGUUUUGUUCAACAUCUUUAAACAACCCUUAUUCAGGGACCUUUUGAGCAGGCUGUGCUACUCGAAAAUUCUAACUGGGCCCUACCUGCGAGGUCAUGCACUGUUUAUCUUGAUAUGAGAUUACCAUGUCGCGCACAUAUGGUUGUGAUGCAUGUGCCUGGUAUACCCUUAUCAGACGGGUAGUCAUGAUAGGUUUAUUGGGCUUCAUACAUUUGUACCCCUGUGUCAUUUUGAUGGCAUGCACUGCUCUCUCACACAAUAAUAAUAACAAUAAUGAUAUUGAUAAAAAGGAAAGCAAGGACUUAAUAUUAAUUCCUAAUUACUGUUGAAAUGACAUUACAAUUUUAUAUUAUAAAAGAGAAGAUGCAGUCCAUUUGUUUGUCCAUCAUAACAUCUUUGUUGAGCAGUGGCUUCCAAACUUUUUCAAACUGCCGUCCCCUUGGCACCCACGACACACUCUCAGUGCCCUUUCCCACACAGUGCACAAUAAAUAUAGACUUUCUACUGCAAAUUCAAAACAAUUGUAUUUCAUUAAUAAAACUUAACCUAAUUAA